AUGUCGCUUGUCUCAGGCCCUGGCAGGGGGAGCGGGGUAGCUGCCGACCAGAAGCUCUACGUUCAGAAGCAUGUCGACUAUAUCAAAAGCCUAGACACUCGGAAAGAUGAACUGGAAUACUGGCUGACGGAGCAUCUGCGCCUCAAUGGCGUCUAUUGGGGGUUAACAGCGCUACAUCUCCUCAAUCAUCCUGAGGCUCUGCCUCGAGACGAAACCAUAGACUUCGUGCUGUCCUGUCAGCAGGACAACGGAGGGUUUGGAGCCGCUCCCGGUCAUGAUGCGCAUAUGCUGUACACGGUUUCCGCGGUCCAGAUUCUGGUUAUGGUCGAUGGUCUCGACGAACUGGAGAAACGCGGCCGUGGCGGGAGGGAGAAGGUUGGAUCUUUCAUCGCAGGUCUUCAGGAUCGAGAAACUGGCACUUUCAAGGGAGACGAAUGGGGAGAGACGGACACCCGUUUCCUCUACGGCGCGUUGCUGGCGCUGUCCUUACUAGGACUUCUCGAUCGGGUUGAUGUAUCCAAGGCCGUCUCCUACGUUCAGCAGUGCGCCAACUUAGAUGGAGCCUACGGCGUGCGUCCCGGCGCUGAGUCGCAUGCGGGACAAGUCCUGACUUGUGUCGCGGCACUAGCAAUCGCCGGGCGUCUAGAUCUCGUGGACAAAGAUCGACUGGGCAGCUGGCUCAGCGAGCGACAGCUGGAGAACGGCGGACUGAACGGACGUCCUGAAAAACUAGAGGAUGCAUGUUAUAGCUGGUGGACUGCCUCCAGCUUAGCCAUUAUUGGAAGGCUUCAUUGGAUUAAUGGCGACAGACUGACUGCUUUUGUCCUGCGUUGUCAGGACCCGGAAGCAGGCGGUAUAGCUGAUCGGCCAGGCCACAUGGUUGAUGUCUACCAUACGGUAUUUUCCAUUGCUGGUCUAAGCUUACUGGGGUACGAUGGCCUCAAGGAAGUAGAUCCAGUCUAG